GUCUCGUUCGAGGAGCUGCGCAAAAUCAUCCAUGGUGUCACCAACACCGACUACGUGCUCAUUGAUGUGCGCGAGCCCCACGAGGUCGCCAACGGCAAGGUGCCCACAGCCACCAACAUUCCGCUCGGCGAGGUUGCUGAUGCAUUUGCCCUGUCCAAGGAUCUGUUCAAGAGCAAGUAUGGCAUUGAGAAGCCGACCGGCAAGCAGGAGACUAUCUUUUACUGCCGCUCGGGCGUGCGCAGCCAGAAGGCCAUCGAUGCUGUCGAGAAGGCGCACUCGGCGGAGCUGGUUACCCGCAACUACCGCGGCUCGUGGCUGAACUAC